AUGUCUGGAAAAAAGGAUUCAUACAUUCCUGAAGGUUUAUUUAAGAUAUCAAGAGAAAGUGAAAUGAAGAUGGAAAAUAGUUAUUUUAAAUUUGGAACAGGAAGUAUUAACAUGUUUAGUCAAAUAUUUUCAAAAACUAAUUUAGAAUCCAUGAAACAACCAAUGGAUAAUGAAAAAGAAAAAAAAGAAAAGAAGGAUACGGAAAUUAAUAGACUUUGCGUAAUGUAUGGUUGCUAA